UUUAAUGAGAAGAAAAAAGGACAACAAAAUCAAAAGUACGUGCCGUUAUUCUUCCUUCCCCAUCUCGGCCGUCUAAAGGUUUUCUUCUCCUCAGCAUAAUAUAAAGAGAAAGGGAACCUCAAUCGCCGAGCCGGACGGCAAUGGCGACCUACGGCGGCGUACUCCGGCGCUCCGCCGCCGUCGUGGAGCACGCCCGCGACAGUGCCCGCUCCUUCCACCUCCACUACGCCCUCCUCCUCUGGGUCCUCCUCCUCGCCUCCCUCUUCCCCCGCCGCCGCGCCACCAUGCUCUUCCUCAUGGCCGCCUCCAAGCUCGCCCUCUUCUACGGCGCCCUCCUCAAGGCCUUCCCCAAUUCCGCCCUCCUCCGCCAGAUCGUCGACCGCAGGCUGGUCGCCGCGCUCCUGAUGGCCGUCGUCGGCGCCGAGAUCGUAAUGACGAGUGCCGUGCCGCAGUUCCUGCUCGCCAUGGCAGUCGGGGUGCCGCUCGUGCUGCUCCACGCCUUGUUCCGAACGCAGGACGAUCCGGCGGCCAGUGGCGAGGAGACGGCCGCUAGCAAUGGUGGCGAACUGGGGCCGAUCCUGUAGAAGAAGGAAGAUCUCGAAUUGGGAUCUCAGUGACAGCACCCACAGUUUUGCAUUUUAUACUCCCUUUUCACUCUUACCCCUUUAAUCUUUCUCUCCUUCUUACGAUUACCAAUUUCUUGACAUCUUACUUGUUAUGUAUACAUAUAGACGAUUAUAAUUUCUGUUACGGUAAGUAACUUUUAAGCCGUGGCCUCGGGGCCGACGCGGUUCGGUUCUAGGGUCCGGAUGUCGGGGAUCUCGGGCGACGUCCCUCGGGGUCCCCCUACGAUCGGGCACCGUGGUUCGGGAUCGGUUGUUCUGGUCGGCGGGUCGGCGGUUCGGGUCGGGAGGAGGCUCCGGGAAGGGGCGUCACCGUCUUCGUACCUGCACACAAGUCGGGUCGGGGUGCUCGACCCGACCCCUCCGACGAUCAAGUUAGAGAAGGAUGCGGAGGGGGUUUCGGAGGAAGAGAAAGAGAAGUGCUUUCUAGUGUAUGUCACCCCCUUUGUUUGGGACUUGGGGGUAUUUAUAGACGAGCUUGGGUGUUACCUGAUGUGCCCGUUUGCAGGGCAGGACUGUACCUUUGGUGGCAUCUGACAUUGCCACUGGGGCUGCGUGGGAGGCCGAGCUGCUGCAGGGUAUGGCGAGCCUCGGUCGGUGUGCUCCUGUGCCUCGACCGAGCGCACGAGGACAAAGCUGAAGUGAUUGACUGAGGGCUGGUGACGUCGGCAGAUGUCGAGUCUGCGUCAGUGCUUGCCUCCUCGGAUAGUGUGUCUACCUGGCGUGCUGGCUCGUGUCACAUCGCCAUUUUUACCCCUAUCAUAUGCCCCCCCCCCGAAAGGAGCUAUGCGUCGGUUUUUGCAUGUGGGGAGACGAUGCAUGGCUUCUUACUUGAGGUGGGCUGAUCGCGCGAACGUGUCUCGAGCAGUGCGAAGCCGAGGUGCGCAACUUAGUCAGGAGGCCGAGCAGGGAUGGACUCGGGGGCAAUGGGACCGAUGAGGGCAGAGGAGCGCAGCGCAGGCGGGCUGGCCGUGCGGGUGCGUCUCAGGUGAAGUCAAGGGUCGAGGAACACAACGGGCGGGGUGACCGCACAGGUGUCUCGGGAUGGCGUAGAGCCGAGGGCCGAGGAACACAACUGGUGGGGUGACCGCACAGGUGUCUCGGGAUGGCGUAGAGCCGAGGGCCGAGGAACACAACAGGCGGGGUGACUGCACAGGUGUCUCGGGAUGGCGUAGAGCCGAGGGCCGAGGAACACAACUGGCGGGAUGACCGCGCAGGUGUCUC